UCCUUUCCCCCUCUAUAAAUAGGGGGAGCCAUUUUGAAUAAACUCAGACCUACAGUCCUCCUCGAACUGUGUAGGUUGACGCAUCAUCCAUUUCAAAGUGUGUCGCAGGAGGGGAGGAGGAGCAGAGACUCUGGCUGCAGGAUCACUGGCAAGGCAUGCUGGGGAGCUCACAGCAAGCUGGAUGGUGCAAGAAACCCCCAUCACACACAAAAGCAAGAGCUACUUUUUUGCAAGUUGUCUGCAAGGUCACUUACACCAUUGUCCUUCUCACCAUCACUGAGGUCAGAGGCGCUACAGGGAACAACGAAGUGUCAGUGACCGUAGGUGACAGCUCAGUGCUCGCCUGCCCUCUCAAAUCAAAUAUAAAUAUGCUAACAUGGAAAAUAUAUCCCAAGGCUGGAGGCCCCUGCAACUUGGGCUACAGGGCUGAUACGAACACGACAGACAGAACAAACUGCAGUGACAGCAUGAACUGGAAAUUCAGACCAGAUCUGGGUCCUGUGCUUGGGAUACAGCAAGUGGGGAUAGCCCAGGAGGGAAACUACAUCUGUGAAGUUGUAACACCAGAAGGGAAUUUCCACAGGAUAUACCACCUGACCGUGUUGGUGCCCCCAAGGCUGAGCCUCUUCUGUGAUGAGCACGGGAAGCCCGUGUGCGAGGCAGCGGCAGGGAAGCCGCCUGCUCAGGUCUCGUGGCUCCUAGGGAACAACUCCUCCCUUGAGGAAGAAAGCCAUGACAAUGGGACAGUGACUGUUCUCAGAAGGUUGACAGCAUGUAACACCAACGUGACUGACACAACCUGCAUGGUGUUCCACCCAGCUGGGAGCUGGAGUGAGUCCAUAGCCUGUUGUCCCUCAGAGAUUGGAAGCUUUCUUCACUGUGUCAUCAGCCUUAUGAGCCUCCUGGGCCUCUUCUUCCUGCAGGCUGUUUUUCGUCUCUACACCUUCUGUGGUAGCAGGUACAUAUGGAACAUGGCAAUCUCUGGUCAUGCUCAUGUGAGAUCACAGACAUAAAGCCUUAUGGUAUUUUGUUUCUCUACCAAAUAAAGAGGGGGAAUUCUGUUUUUACACUCCUAGAAACCAAAAGUGCAUUUCCACAACAGCUUCUUCCUCCUGCUUAAGAGUAUUGUCUUGUUUCCUAGGGCAAUGAGAAACUAGUACCAAGCACAGCAGCUUCCAUCUGCAGAAGUGUCUCAGCACUUAGCAGAGAUGAAAGGAAGUCCCAGUAUGUCUUAGCAAUGUGGCAUGCAGCAAGAACUCACUGGUACCAAAUUGUUCAGGAGAAGGAAGCAAACAUCUACAAUGCAGCCAUAUGUGACUGUGCAGAAGCACGGCUGUAAUCGCUCAUGCAAGUUUCGCUCUUUUUUUAGAAGACCAAGUCUAACACAUAUGCAGUUGGAAAUUAAUUCAUAAUGUAUAAACUGAGGUCAUUCAAUUUCAAAUACUUUGUAUCCUAGUAUUUAAGUAGCAUUUCUUACAGAAUAAAAUA